AUGUGGGACCCUCAGGUGUUGUUAGAGAUACAGAAAGAAUUAUUAGACUACAAAGGAGUUGGCAUUAGUGUCCUUGAAAUGAGCCACAGGUCAUCAGAUUUCGCUAAAAUCAUUAACAACACAGAGAAUCUUGUGCGGGAAUUGUUAGCUGUUCCCGACAACUACAAGGUGAUCUUUGUGCAGGGAGGCGGGUCUGGCCAGUUCAGUGCUGUCCCCUUAAACCUGAUCGGCCUGAAAGCCGGACGGUGUGCCGACUACGUGGUGACCGGAGCCUGGUCAGCCAAGGCCGCUGAGGAGGCCAAGAAGUUUGGGACUGUGAAUAUCGUCCACCCCAAACUUGGGAGUUACACAAAAAUUCCCGACCCGACUACCUGGAACCUUAACCCCGACGCAUCCUAUGUCUAUUUCUGCGCCAACGAGACGGUGCACGGCGUGGAAUUCGACUUCAUCCCUGACGUCAAGGGGGCAGUGCUGGUCUGCGACAUGUCUUCUAACUUCCUGUCCAAACCAGUGGAUGUUUCCAAGUUUGGUGUGAUUUUUGCUGGUGCUCAGAAGAACGUUGGCUCGGCCGGGGUCACGGUGGUGAUCAUCCGGGAUGACCUGCUGGGGUUCUCCCUCAAAGAGUGCCCCUCGGUCCUGGAAUACAAAGUGCAGGCUGGUAACAGCUCACUGUACAACACGCCUCCGUGCUUCAGCAUCUAUGUCAUGGGCGUGGUCCUGGAGUGGAUUAAGAACAACGGCGGGGCGGCCGCCAUGGAGAAGCUGAGCGCCAUCAAAUCUCAAAUGAUCUACGAGAUCAUCGACAACUCUCAAGGCUUCUACGUAUGUCCAGUGGAGCCUCGAAGUAGAAGCAAGAUGAAUAUUCCUUUUCGUAUUGGGAACGCCAAAGGAGAUGACGCGUUGGAGAAGCGGUUUCUGGAUAAAGCACUUGAACUCAACAUGAUCUCCUUGAAAGGGCACAGGUCAGUGGGUGGCAUCCGGGCUUCUCUGUAUAAUGCUGUGACGGUUGAAGAUGUCGAGAAGCUGGCCGCCUUCAUGAAAAACUUCUUGGAGAUGCAUCAGCUAUGAAUACGUGGAAUCAGCCUUUGACCAACGUACAGAGUUUAGAGUAAUUUGGGAAUGGCUACAGCAACUCUACUGACACGGUGGUUUGUUUUUCUCUGAAUGAACGUACUUGUGAUAGAGUCUUCUUUUCAAAGAAUAACAGCAAAAUAACCAGCUCAUGGGACCACUAGCCAAUGACUACCUUCAUUCUAACUUGAACUGGAAGCAUUUCAGAAAAAGCCUUCUUGUUGCUUUUUUAACCAAUUCCAGGCUGUUCUGUCUUUGCUGGCACUUCUUUUUCUAGCUAGAUCUCAGUCUUUGAACUUGCCCAAGCUAAAUUCUGCCAGGUGCAGUUAGCUGCAGUUCGAGUCACACGAACUCACCACAUGAAGGGUGGGGCUCUCAAGGUGCUGAACAUAGACCGCAGUGGGUCUCCCCAACUAUUGUGGGGGGAGAGAGCAUCCCAGCUAUUGGUUGAGGUUGGUGUUGACCAUUUGUGAGUGUUUUAGGGUUCCAGACAAAGGGAAAAGGGCCGAUCUUUUUACUGUUACACUCAUAAAGAGAUAAAAAUGAUUUGCUACAUAAAUGUUGAUAGGAUGAGGUCUUUUUAAAAUCCCAGUUUAUAUGUCUCAGCCUUUGUAUUUCUUAUAAAGCCAUUCUCAGUGAUGAACAUAGAGGCUUCUGAGUUUGUUACAGCCCUUGACAUCGACAUCAUAGCUUCUACUAACAUCAGAUGUGCCCCUCCCCCCCCAUCUUCUCAGCUGCUUCAUAGACAGUCCACAAGCUACACCUUCUCCUUUCAGUAGGUGGAAGAAAUGGGUUUGUUCCUUGUUUUCCAGUUUUGCCUUGACACUGAACUGUGUUGGACCGACUGGUUUCUAUGUAGAGUUUGACAGUAUUGCCAUUCUACAGUCUUUCCCCUGUUGUGUAUCUGGUGUUGGUAUUUCAUGUUGACUAUGUGAAGAACAUUAAAGUUCUGAAUCAUUGAA